UAGACACAGAAAGAGGCGCGGAGGAAGAGAGAGAGUGAGAGUGAGUGUGGCUGUUUUGUAUCUAUUAAUGUCGUUGUGGCAUCGAGUCGUUCCUUCCAAAAUUCUUCGGUUCUGUCCACAUCGUCGAUUAUAUUUCUUCACCUUAUCCACCAGAAGUCUUCAGGAGACAUCCUAGAUCAUCUCUUAAUCCGCCAAUUCCUCCACAAACAACGAAAAAGCUAGAUUAAACAUGGCAGUCGUCAGAUAUAUGUUACGAGGCUGUGUUCUUUUCUUCACUGGAGUCUUUUUCACACUCGUUCUCAACCUCUUACAAGUACAACGGCAGCUCUCAUUCCCACAAGAAGUCAUCACAAAUCUCUUUUCAUCUACAUGGUGGGUUCCCCCUACAUGUGGGACAGCUGCUGCCAUCAUAGGUCUCUUGUAUCCAUGUUUAGACAACAAAUUGGGCGAACCCCACACUCACAGACGAGAAUGGUCCAGCGUGAUGCGGUGUGUGGCCGUAUUUGUUGGCAUCAACCAUGCCAGUGCUAAAAUUGAUUUUGCCAACAACAUGCAACUAUCAAUGACCCUGGCUGCUAUGUCUAUAGGCCUCUGGUGGUUGUUUGAUCGGUCUCGCAGUGGGUUCGGUCUUGGUGUUGGAAUUGCAGUCCUUGCUACCUUCAUUGCUCAACUUCUUGUCUACAACGGAGUUUACAGGUAUACAGAACCUGAUUUUUUAUUUGUAAGGUCGUGGCUACCCUGCGUCUUCUUCUCUGGUGGUGUAACAAUGGGUAACAUAGGCCGACAGCUGGCAAUGUAUGACCGCAAAGAAGACACAAAACAGAAAGAUGAGUGAAUGCCGAGGUGACCAUAGACAGCCAGACAAGAAUUGGACGGGGGAAAGAAAAAAAAAAGAAGAAAAAGAAAAAGAAUGACAACCACAGAAUAAUGUGAUAUAUUUUUUUGGAAAAAAAUAAAAUUUUUUUUUAUUUCUUUUUCACUCACUCUCUCACGGAGACUGCUCGGUCUGUGUGCGACAGGAAGAUAAAAUGGACAAAAAACCCUGUCGACUGCGAACACUGACCUUCAGUCUACACAAUGUAAGGUCAGGAGGUCACUUUCUGACCUUAUGUGGAAAACCUGAAGAAUACAACACAACC